GAGACGGUGGCCAAGCGGAGGCGCGCGCUGCUCGCCAUCGUCUGCUGCACCACCGUCAUGCUCAUCGAGUUUGGAGGCGGCCUCGCCGCCCACUCCCUCGCCCUGGUCACCGACGCAACGCACAUGCUGGCCGACGUGGCGUCAUACUGCAUCGUCCUCGUCUCGCUCGGCACGGCGUCCAAGGGGCCGUCGGCAAGGGCCUCCUUCGGACUGCUGCGCGCCGAGGUGCUCUGCGGGCUCGGCUCGCUCCUCCUAAUCUGGGCCACGGCCGGGGUGCUACUCUACGAGGCGGCCUGGCGCAUGUACGAUCUCGCAUCGUCAGACAACAAGCCGCGCACCGACGGGCCGACCAUGCUGGGCGUGGCUGCCCUCGGGCUCGCCUCCAACCUCGGCCUGCUCCUCCUCUUCCGCGGAAGCGGCGACAAGGGCGACGACAGCCACGGGCACAGCCACGGCGGCGGUGACAUGUCGACGCGAGCCGCCCUGGUACAUGUAGCGGGGGACGUGGCGCAGAGCGGCGGCGUGCUGAUCGCUGCCGCCCUCAUCACCUUCGACGGGCAGCGGUGGGUGUGGCUGGACCCCGUCGUCACCGCCGCAGCCGCCGUCUGGAUGCUCUCUGGCACGCUGGGCUUGUUCCGCGAGGCGUACACCGUGCUGAUGGAGGCGUCGCCCCCCGACAUCGACACGAACGAGCUGCGGCGCGUGCUCUCUCGAAGAGCGGACGUCACUUCGAUCCACUGCUUCCACCUGUGGGCCCUCGCCCCUGGCAAGCUGACGCUCACCGCGCACGUGCUCUGCGCGCCCUCGUGCGAGGACACAGACGAGGUGCUCGAGGACCUCUGCAAGGUUUGCCAGUACAAGUUCGGUAUCCACCACGUCACGUUCCAGGUC